CAUAUGGUGUGUAUAUACUUUUUAUUUUUAUUUUAUUAUAAUUUUUUGUUUUUAUCUAAGCGUUUAUCGAUUCCCCUUCAGUCCCGUGGUGGCGCUAGACUAAGGCUUGGCAAACCACAGAAGAAGAGGAACUGAUGUCAAAAGAGGCAAAGAAGAAGAAACAGUGGCGUUAGCAAUGGCGGUGAUUUGGCUGCGAAAAUAAACAACCCAGGUCACAAUUUGAUGCUGCGGCGUUUUUUGCAAUUAAUCUAAUGUCUUAGCUCGUCGUCUUAUGUCUGUCUGUCGCAGAAAGGAACCAUCUUCCUCUGUGUUUAUGUCAUUUGAAGGAAUCAUCAGUUUGUUGUCAGUUAGCAGCAGCUGGACGAGCAGCCGUCGUUUCAUUGUUGAGCUCUAGCUGUGUUAACGCCAGUUUCUUCGUACCCUGGCGUCGUUUUCUGGCCACCAACGAUGCCGCUGGGUUUAAAACCAUGCUGUGCUGUCUGCAAGACCAACUCCUCGUCCAUGUGGAAGAAAGGAAACCAGGGAGAGAUCCUCUGCAACAGCUGCACAGGGAAGAGCAGCAGCGGCGGAGCAUCAGGACCCUCCGUGUCCUCCAACACUCAGCCCAGCAAUGGCGGAGGAAAGCAGUCCAAGCAGGAGAUCCACAGGAGGUCUGCGCGGCUGAGAAGCACCAAGUACAAAGCACCUGCAUCUGAGAAGAAGGUGUCGACAAAAGGAAAAGGCAGAAGACACAUAUUCAAACUCAAAAAUCCAAUCAAAGCACCAGAAUCUGUUGCAACAAUCAUCACGUCAGAAUCAGUAUUUUAUAAGGGCGUGUACUACCAGACGGGAGAUGUAAUCAAGGUAACAGACGAGGAUGACGGGAAGCCGUACUAUGCUCAGAUUCGAGGCUUCGUGCAGGACCAGUACUGUGAAAAAAGCGCUGCGCUGACCUGGUUAAUCCCCACACAGGCCAGCCCAAAGGACCAGUUUGACCCUGGGACGUACAUUGUUGGUCCAGAGGAAGAUCUACCCAGAAAAAUGGAGUACCUGGAGUUUGUGUGUCACGCCCCCUCUGAAUAUUUCAAGUCCUGGAGUUCUCCGUUCCCCACCAUCCCCAUCCGACCAGAGAAAGGCUACCUCUGGACCCACAUAGGACCCACACCAGCCCUCACUGUCAAAGAGUCUGUCAGUGGCAGCAGCUAACAACACAACUGUGACAUGGACUUUUGUCUGUUGCUUUUAAACAGACGUGUGUACAUUAAUGUAAUAUAGUGAAAAACAGAAAAUAGUUAACCACAGUCAUUACUUCACAGUUGUAAGUUGACACAAAGGAAACCCGGUUUAACUACAUGUGAAACAAGUUGUUUACAAAUUACUUUUGUAUUUACUUAUAAACAAAAAAGCUCUUUUCCAC